AAUCUUUGAGAUGCAUAUAAAUGGUCCGUCGAAUUUAAAGGGUUCUUUUUCAAAAUGAGCGAGUUUCGAGAAAAAGAAUAUGUGCCAAAUGAAUUAAUUAGGAAGUGUGGAUUUGAAACCGAUGCUCGUUCUACAAAUGGACUGGAUUGGCAGGAACUUUUGGAUAGAUCGCGCCAUGAAAUUGAAAAUUAUAAAGGAGCGCUUAAUCUUAUACGCGUUGCAGAAAUCGAAGUGAUUAAAUCUCAAAAACGUUUAACACAAGAAAUAAGUAAAAACAGUGUUUUCGGAUUAAAAAACACAUCGGAGUGUCUCGCCUCGGAAACAAGAAAAAGAUACGGUUUGCUCCAGUUGAGAGAUAUCUUGAAUAAAGACAAUGUAGGUGUCAGUACACUUUAUCAUUCUUGCUUUCGAUCUGAUUCUUUUAAUAUACCAAGCACGGAUUCAUUAAAUACAACUAUAGUGGAAUCAGAAAUAUGGACCGGAGAUGAGGAAGUUUUGCAGAUUGCAAGUAUUGAAUCGUCUGUAACGACUGAAACGACUGAAACUACAGAAUAUGAAACUUCUUCUAACGAAAUAAUAUCCAGUGCAUACUUCGAAUGUGGAAAAUGCUUUAUUGGAGAAUUAGUAAUUAUUCCAACAACGAUGAAAAACUUUGGAGAAAGUGGUAGAUUUUUUAUAAUAACAGAAGUCGAUUGGUCAUCGAUGAAUAUAGAAGAUAUUACAAAUAGUAAUAUGGUUUUAACUCCUCCUUUUGCAGUUUAUCCUGCUUAUUUUCUUUUACGUACUAACGAAGAAAUAACGCUCUAUUCUUAUUUCUUUCCCACGACUUACGGAAUGCAGGUAGAUAAAUUCUGCAUUAUUAGCGACAACUGUUCCGUACAGCCGUUAGAAAUUAUAGGAGACGGAAUUAUGUUUGAAGAAAAAUUUAUUGUUUUUAAUGAGAAAUCAAAUACGAGAUUCGAGUAUCAUAUCUGUGAAGAUGAAUUUGCAAAAUAUUGUAUUGAGUUGGACAGUAGAAACUCGGACCAAAUAUUCCAAAAUAUGAUUGAAAUACUCAAUACUAGUGGAAUGGUAUUGUAUUAUCGUUGGGAACAAAGAAACGUGAAAAGUGAAGAAAAUAAAGAAAGGAAAUGGGAAGAUUUAUCAUUGGACGAUAUUAUUAUUGACCCAAAAUCUGGAAUUUUCGAACCAUAUUCAACAUCGAAAUUUUAUAUUUUUGCCGAAACUAAAAAUUUAGUAUCGGAUCAAUAUCGUACAAUUUUACAAUUGUGUAUUGAAGACAUUCCUCUUGCAUCAAUUCAUAAAAAAAAUAAUUUACAACUGCAAGAUAGUAAAAGUCACCGAAUCAGACUGAGUUUAGGAAAAGAAUGGCGAUUCUGGACAACAUGGAAACAAAGGAAAGAAAUGAGAGUUUAA